CACCCACGCCCUAACCUGACGUGUCCUGCUCGAGGAGCCUCAGCGCACGCUGCACGCCUGCGUUUGCCCGUGGGCCCUGCGCCCAGCCCGCUGCGCAAGCCGCGUGCUGAUGACUGCCGAUACCGGGCAGGUGACGCUCUCCGGUACCAUUCCACCCCCCAGGGCAAGGGAUGACUCUGAGCUGUCGUGCCCGAGACGGCCAACCCACAUGCAAAUUUUCUGUUGCCCCUCCCACUCCUUCACAUUGACUCUACAAACAGUUUCUAUGGAAUGCGCGGUCCGGCCCCCGUGACAGACGCGAUCGGAAGGCAAACACAGCAGCACGUCGGCCGGAGCGGUGCGAAACCCAGCCUGCGAAGCCAGGUGAGUUUAACGCCCCCCCCCCCCUCCCCCCGAGGGGCUCCACUUCUGCAUCCACUCCGGAGAGAUUUCCUCCGUUUCUCUUCUCCUGGCAGCCUCCUUUGAUCUUUUAUGUUGUCUGUCAAAAAGCUUUUAACGCUCAGGAACAUUGUCUCUGCAUACAGUUAAAUGCAAAGGUAUUGGGACUGGUAUUGGGAUUUGUUGUUUUGGCUCUGUACUCCAGCACAUUGGAUUUGAAAUUAAACAAUGAAUAUGAGACUCACGUGCGGACUGUCAGCUUUAAUUUAAGGGUAUUUGCAUCAGUAUUGGGCAAACUAUACUUUUGCAUCUAACUGUACACUCCAAACAAAGCAAUACAGGAGAGUGGUUUUUGUUACUUUUGAUAUCAGUGGUCGUAAUUUAUCAAAAAUUUCAAAAAGUGUAAAAACUGUAUUGUAACUCACUCUGGAUGAGAGUACUCGUUAAAUGCCAGUAAAGUAAAACAAAGCAAAGCUAACAGUGCUUUGGCAGUGCAUGCAUUAUUUCCAAAUAUUUUUGGUGUUAGACUUGCCACCCAUGUGGCGUGUGGGUGAUAUGACAGUGAAUACAAAUACCUGUGUUAAUUUGAGUUACCUGUGUUAAUCAGCUCGCUGGCUUUUUUCCAUGACAUUCCCCAUCACCGGUUAUUAAACUGCAUUAAUUACCUGUGAAAAUAUGCACUGUAAUCACAGCAGUCAGAUUGACACUGGUCAUUAUUGCUAAAUGAUUGCGUCAACUAAGUGCUUUGGAUACCACGACUACGUAUUCUGCUUUGACUUUAAAUUUCUCCACAAGCUAAUUAAAUUAUACAGGUAUCAGGCUGAGGUGUCAGCUAUGACACUUGGACAAGAAUGUCACCAAACAUUGUCGGGCAAAAUGUUCUAGAAAGUACUCCCCGAACUGAAGUGCUCACCAUAAGCACAGCCUUGUCACUUUUGUCCCACCAGGGGCAGGGUGGGGUUCAGUUGUCCAAGCGUUGCUUGUGUUUCCACAGAACAGGUUUCUCCCACAGCCAUAAGAGACACCCGUAGGCUACAAGCUGUCAUCGGUGAGACAUACACCUGACCUUAGAUUGAUGCUUUUUCUUUUCCGCUCUUUUCUGCAUGACUGUGUUGACCGUAGGGUGUCUUUGCCUUACUGGUUCGCAGGUGAGCAUGCAGAUGUCAGCUGCAGUGCUGCUUGCUCAGGUCGCAUUGAUUCCAGAGGUACAAUUGCUGAUUCCAAGUCAUGGAGAAACAGAAAAAGCAGAAAUGCGGGACAUUUGGGAAAGAACAUUUUAAUUAAAAACCAUGCAAGUUUGUUGAAUCUAUGUUGUAAUGUGUUUAUCUUUUGAAAGAAAAUACCUAUUGUUUGUCUGUUCAUGAAGCUGGAGAGCCAUUUGCCAUGACACUCCAUUGGCUGGGCUGAUGUCAGGGAACAGCAGGCAGCUGGACUCCCUGAUCCAAUGAGCUGGUCCUCCAUCACUGGUCUCACCUGCCUGCUGUGCUGCGUUGUGUUGUCAGCUGGCAGGGUGUCUCCCCCACAGAACCUGAGCGUGACAUUUCUGGAUUUCAGGGGUGAGGUGAACUGGUCCCCUGGUAUAGGAAACCCACCAGGAACCACAUACACUGUGGAAAUGCUGCCUAUUGGCAAGAGUUGGAGUCGAUUGGAGACGUGCACUGACAUAGAAUCCACCACAUGCCAUCUCAUCUUUAACCUGACUAUGAAUGACCUGUUGGACUCCUAUUACAUCCGGGUCAAAGCCUCAUGGGGAGGGAACAGCUCCAGCUGGUUCGGCCUGGACACCGUCCAGCCAUAUGGGAACACUCUGCUGAGUGCCCCGACCCUGAAUUUGUCUGUCCAGGAGACAGAUAUAUUUGUGCACAUCCGCAUGCCCCAGCUUGUUCUCUCUGUGCUGCCCAAACUGAGAUACAAGGUCCGGGUCUCUGAGGGAGCCAGUGGAGAUGACGAAAAGUGUGAGAUGCUCAGAGAGUCCUCCUAUGUGUGCAAAAUCCUGAGCCUGGGCCAGCGGUACUGUGUCAGGGCCUCCGCCAUCCACAGACAGCAGCAGACUAAACCACACCUCUCCUCAGUGAAGUGUGUGGACGUGCCUGACAAUACCACAGGUUUGCGAAAAGAUAUACUGAAGCAUAUAGGUAUGGCAACCUUAGCAUUGCUGCUGGUCAUAAUUGGCGUCAUCAUAACACCCAUGUACAUUUACAUGAAGCCGAAGGCAUCAGAUCUCACACCCAGUUCACUGAAAGUAGUUGGCGGAGCUAGCAGGAUCUUGAUGGCCAUUCCAGCUGAAGCUCCGUCCCCCUUGGUGCGUGUCAUCACCCCUUCCCUCAGGAGUGGCAUGACAUUGCAAGAGUACCCGUCAUCCUGCAACUGCGGUUACGAAUGCAGGGUUCCCAUUUCCUGCUCGGUGCAAACCGCUGAUUUUCCCCUGCCUGCGGCAGAUGAGGAGGAACUGGAAGAGCAACAUCUCUCACCCUGCCCGUAUGCUGGGACGUUGGAUGAGGAAGUACAGGGGAAUGACAUUUUGGAGGGGGAGACUCACAGCGCAAGGCUGCUUUCGGGAGAAAGGGACUGGCAGCUAGACCGGGGUCCCUCUUGCCUGGAUGUGCCAAUGACUAGCCUGAGCUUGUGUCUGGACUCUGGAGAACCAUGGGAAAGCUGUGGAGAGAGUGACAGUAUCAGCACAGAAGGAGAGGAGACGGACGUAGGAGCGAAGCUUCUGGGUCAGUCCCAGAGGAAUUCUGCUGGGGACCUGUCCAGUUCACUGGAGACCCUUGCUGAGCCUGACCCUAGCUCCAUCUACCCCACUGGGUAUGAGCCCCACUUCAGUCCAACCUCGUGUGAACCCAACUCCUCUGCCUGCUCCCCCUCACCUACGUUUGGACAGUCAGUGUUGUAUUUAAAGAGGUGACCAGAGAAACAUCACCAGUGGAAGGAUUUAGAGGACUGUGGAAGGAGGCCAAUUUAAGUUGGGUUUAGUGCCAUUACAUAAAUUGCAUUGAUGCUCUUAGCAGAAGUAAAUUAUAAAGCGAGGGGAACUUUGGAAAGUGGAAUUACUUGUUGGAUUAGUACAUCAGAAGAUCAGUAUCAAAACUGCUGUGACAUAUUGCACUGGAAAUGUUUACCUGGAAGCCAUUUGAUGAAGCCAGUCUACAGUACCUUUAUUUACCUAAUCUUCUGAAAGACAUGCAAUGUCAUCCAAUUAUUUCUGAGGAGAUAUAAUGAAUGAGAAGAUGUUGCAUUGUGGUUCCUGAUUGAAAAUGUGAUUUUAAUGAUCUGCCUCCGUGUGUGUGUGUGUGUGUGUGUGUGAGUGCGUGCGUGCGUGUAUGUAUGUGUGUGCAUAUGUGCGUGUGUAUGUGUGCGAAUGUGUGUGUGUGUGUGCAUACAAAUUAUUUAUGUUUACACAUGGCUCCUUGCCUAAGGCCUGCGAUUGAGACUGCUAUUAUUUGCAUUGCAUUUGUUACCGAGAGACCUGUGGCUAACUGGUAAAAUUCAUUACGCAGUGCUGAGAUGGACAGAAUUAGGGUGCUGUUUUCUAGACUGUACAAAAAAUGAAGAUAUAUUUUAUGAUAUGGAAUAUAUAAUACUGUUUACACCUAAAUAUACUUGAAAAUAUAUAAUAUUAUAAACAUAUUGCUAAAUAUAAAGCAAAAUAAAUGUGUUCACAUUAAAGGGACAGAAGCUUGUCUAUUUUU